UAUUGCAGGAGUUCAAUAAAAUAACAAAACUGACGUGUACUGAUGUUACAAUACAAUUGAGAAAUUACGAGUUACAUGUAGUUAAUCACAAUGUCGGAUACUGAAAGGCUCGUGGAUAACGGUGGACCUUCGGAAGAGACCCCUGACGGAGGCCCCGAAGGUGACCGGCCUGCAACAUCAGAACGAGAAGCUUAUUUCCAGGCACUGAGACUAUGGAUUCAACAGGCGCAAAUGUACCAAAAUAUUUCAACAUGUUUUCCCUACUACAUGAUGUCACUACAAGGACUCCAGAACACCCAAACGAAUGUUCCUCUGUUAAACAAUAACUAUCAAUUUCAAGGGCAACAGUUUCCAUUUCAAGUACCCAUUCCUCCUCGGCAACCAGCAGAGAAUCAGCCUCUUGGAGAACCUUUAUCGCCGGCUGAAGUUAUAGCAAGGCAUGGAGGAUUUGAAUACAUUAUUCCACCUCUGUAUAAAAGACUGCUGGCAGAGUUUAUUGACUUCAUGUUGCUGUUUAUUUUGAAACUUAUUGUCACUUUCAUUGCAGUGGAUAUGUUUGAGUUAAUUGACCUGGAUAAGUUUGAUUUGUACAAAUUUAGUGAACACUAUGAUGACUAUAAAUAUGCAAUGGAACUGACAUCAGAAAUACUUCUUCUAGAAAUUAUUUACAGAAUAUUAGUUUGCAUAUUUGAGGCAUGUUGCUUAAGUAGCAGUGUUGGCCGAACAGGUGGCGCCACUCCUGGCAAAGCCCUUCUUGGCCUGAGGGUAGUCACUGCAUCGGCUGUCAUACCUGUUGAAGGCAGACCUAGAGAAACAGUUUUAUUAUAUCCUGGCAAACCUCUGAGUUUUCUUGUAGCUUUAUUCAGGUCAUUGAUGAAAAAUUUCUUAAUAUCUCUCUUAUUUCCACUGUGUGUUGUUCUGUUUGUUUUCCGUCAUAAUCGCACAGGAUAUGACUUGUUAUGUGGUGUUAUAGUCGUAGAAGAGAACAUGUUCCCACCGAGACGCCACGCACCCUAAAUUUAAAGUUUCAAUAAUAUACAUGUUUUCAAAAGAUUAUAUUAUAAUGUAAGAUAGUCAGUGGUUGUUUGCGCACUUAAAUAUAUCUCCUGGGGGGAUUGGGGAUUGGGUCGGCAACGCGCUUGC